GAUGUAGACGGUGUGCGCACGCUUGGCAUAGCGUAAACACUCAUGUGUCUCCGAGCUCGGAGGGAGGGACGAAGAGAGAGCUGUCAGAGAGAGAGAGAGGGUUGAGAGAGCGAGGCAGCAAAUGAGAGGGACCCUGCAACCGACUACAGCACAUUGUAUUGCCGGAUUGCACUUCGAGUUCCAGUUAGUGCUUUUGCAUGUCGAAAUAUAAACAAGAUGUUUUUUUGCGUGUAAACGUGCAUAAAGAAUACAACUAAAUGAAAAAGAAUCACGGGGGGAUCUCGACGUCUCCGUCAGAAAUAAACGCAAGGAUCAGUCUCUGAUGGUUUCCUACUUAAGAAGAGGGAAUUUUAAAAACGUCUGGUUUUUCUAAGGAAACUGGAGAAGUCUCCUGCAGUACUCUAAGUUUGAAUGGACAAACUUUUUUAAAAUAACUUUUUUACUUUUCAAUUACGACAACAAAAACUUUCCCGAAGGACUUUGCAGAGUUUUGAAGGGCUUUUGUGUGCCGACUGGAUUUCCCUUUUUACAGUUUGUUAUGCCACAUAUUUAUUUUUUUGUGUGUUAUAAAUACAUAGAUAUUGUCAAUGUAUGAAUAACGGAUCCUGCGGAUUAACACGAACUUUGCUUCUCUUCUUUUUGUCUUUUCAUUGAGUCAAUGGUGUACGGCAAGACUACCUAGACUUUUAAACCUUGAAUAAUUCAUGGAAUUGAAUUUGCGUGAUUAAAAAAAAAAAAAAAAAAAAAAAGGUUAGAUAAAAAGAAGGAGCCAUAUUCGACAGACUCAGUCAUACGGGUUAAAGGGAUGGCCACUGCGGCUUCCAAUCCCUAUCUCCCCGGCAAUAGCAUCCUGUCAGCCGGCUCCAUCGUGCAUUCAGACUCUGGAGCCGGUGGCAUGCAGCCUGGCAGUGCUGCGGUUACAUCGGUGUCUGGCGGCUACAGAGGAGAUCCCACAGUAAAGAUGGUACAGAGCGACUUCAUGCAGGGAGCCAUGGCGACGAGCAACGGGGGUCAUAUGUUGAGCCAUGCUCACCAGUGGGUUACCUCCCUGCCUCACGCCGCGGCCGCUGCGGCUGCAGCCGCAGUGGCAGCGGCAGAAGCGGGAUCGCCUUGGUCGUCCAGCCCCGUUGGGAUGACAGGCAGCCCCCAGCAGCAAGACGUCAAAAACAAUUCAGGUAGAGACGAUCUACAUACUGGUACUACGUUGCAUCACCGGCCCCCACAUCUGGGUCCUCACCAGUCUCACCCGGGGGCUUGGGGUGGAACCACCGCGGCUCACAUACCUUCGAUAACCGCUGGACAACAGCAACAGUCGCUAAUUUACUCCCAGCCAGGAGGAUUUACGGUGAACGGGAUGUUGAACCCGCCCGGUAGCCAGAGUUUGGUGCACCCUGGUUUGGUACGCGGAGACACCCCUGAGCUCGAUCACGGAAAUCACCACCACCACCAUCACCACCAGCAUCAGCACCACCAACAGCAGCACCACGGCGGAGCGAACAGCCACGACCCGCACUCAGACGAGGACACGCCGACAUCGGACGACCUGGAGCAGUUCGCCAAGCAGUUCAAGCAACGCCGGAUCAAACUGGGCUUCACACAAGCUGACGUCGGCUUAGCUUUGGGCACCCUCUACGGGAAUGUCUUUUCGCAGACCACAAUAUGUCGGUUCGAGGCUCUCCAGCUAAGCUUCAAAAACAUGUGCAAGUUGAAACCGUUGUUAAACAAAUGGCUGGAAGAAGCAGACUCGUCCACCGGGAGCCCCACCAGCAUCGACAAGAUCGCAGCGCAGGGAAGGAAACGGAAGAAGCGUACCUCUAUAGAAGUAAGCGUAAAAGGCGCUUUGGAGAGUCACUUCUUGAAAUGUCCUAAGCCAUCGGCACAAGAGAUUACAUCUCUAGCGGACAGCUUGCAGCUAGAGAAAGAAGUAGUAAGAGUCUGGUUUUGCAAUCGGAGACAGAAAGAAAAAAGAAUGACGCCCCCGGGAGUGCCACAGACGCCGGAGGAUGUGUACUCUCAGGUCGGCAAUGGACAUUUUUUAGUAGAUUACUUAAAAGAUGCAAGUUUAACUGGGCCGAGUGAAACAAGCGACCAGAGGGUGACAACUACAAGUUCGUUCCAUCAGGUAAUUUUGGCGCACUGAGAACAUCAACGUGGAAACAAAACCAAAAUAUAAGAAAUAAAAAAACCUUCCCAUCUAUUUUCUUUCCUGUCUGAACUGAAAUGACAGCAGAACCGAGUGAGCAUUCGGUAAAAAAAAAACACUCAUUUUUGAAAGCUAACGAAGGAAGAGAAUGACAAGGCACCAUGACGGCGGGAUCCACGGACCUUCGACCGUAUGUUGCAUAAAGGAGAGGAUUGUUUAAUAAUAGAGCUAAAACGGAUUGGAGGAUAAGCCCUUUUCCCGUCACCAUCUUAUAAAUAGGAAAAAAUGACAGAAAUACUGUUCGCCCCUCUGAUCUUUAAGAUCUAAUUCUUUGAAAUUUACAUUUUGGACCGACUCACGUAAACAUUUUGUUUAUGAAUAAAAUGGUACAUAAUUAUUUAAAAAGACUUGUCUUCAGCUGCACUUAUGUCACAUUCUUCUGUCCGAAAAUCUGUUGCCAAGUGUGACUGAAUGGUUUCCCUGGAUGAAACUUACCGCGCUGCCAUUUCAUAGCAGCGUCGUUUGGUAGGUUUGUAAUAAUAAUAAUAAUAAUAAUAAUAAAGACUCUGCAAAGCUGGCAAUAUAUAUUCAUUGGAUCAGAUACUGAUCGGAAUGAUUUACUUUAUUUUUUUUCGUUCAAAUGAUUGUUUUAUUAUUUUAUUUGGAAUAACUAUGGACUCUUGCAAACGAUAAUUUAUUUUUCCCAGUACAGAUGUAGGUUGGUUUCCCCCCUUGUUGUCAGUGUUGUCUUAUUUUUAUUAUCAUUUGAAAGGAGCACAAAUCAGCAUAAAUUUUCAUGGACAGUUGUUAGUUAAUAAGGGUAUAUUUUGAUGUGAUUAUUUGAUUGUAAUUUAAUUUCGGUUAUGUUUCCGUAAAAGCUCAUUGAGAACAAUAAAUUUGUUAGAAAGAAA